AAUAGACGGCAUUAAAAGCCAUAGCUGAAAGGCCAGAAGCAAGAGGUUAAUGGUGAUGAUAACAAUGGGCUCGCCUGGCUUCAACCUCUGCUUGACGACCCUUUUUGUUCUCCCCUUACUCAUCGCCUUCCUUAGCCAGACCAGAACUGAGGCUGCUGCAACUUACGUCUACCACAAUUGCCCAAACGCAACCAAUUUCACCGCCACUUACGAAAACAACCGCAACCACCUCCUCGCUUCCCUCUCCUCCAACGCCACCCGAGCCACGGGAUUCUACAACACCACCGCCUCAACGCCCAACUCCGUCGACACGAUCUACGGCCUCUUCCUCUGCCGCGGCGACAUCUCUGCUGCCGACUGCCGAGACUGCGUUUCCGGCGCAACUGAAGACGUGGUCGAACGCUGCCCCAAGGCAAAAGACGCCGUGGCUUGGUACGAAUACUGCAUGUUACGCUACGCAAACCAGUAUUUCUUCUCCAGCAUGGUCACCGACCCGGGCAUUUACAUGUGGAACACGGUUAAUGUGUCGGAGCCGAGCCGGUUUGACCAGCUGGUGAGGACAACGAUGAACGACUUGGCAAGCGGGAUUUCCAACGUUGGGGCCGGAGCCAAGAAGUUUGGCACGAAAGAAGCCAACUUCACAGCGUUGCAAACUCUGUACACCCUUGCCCAGUGCACGCUGGACAUCUCGCGCUCCGAUUGCAAUAGCUGUCUCCAGAGAGCGAUAGCGAGUCUGCCGGGUUGUUGUGGGGGAAAGCAAGGAGGCAGAAUUCUGUUUCCUAGUUGUAACGUUAGGUUUGAAGUUUACCCGUUUUACCAGUCACUAAACACAUCGGCGCCAACGCCUUCUACUCCGGCACUUGUUCCUCCACCCCCGGGAUCGGUAACAGCACCCAAAGGAAAAGAUACAAUCUCAGCGUUGACAAUUGUUGCCAUUGUCGUUCCAAUUUCUGUCUCGAUUGUGCUGUUUGUUAUCGGCUACUGCUUUGUAAUUAAUAGGAGAGCAAGAAAAAAGUACAAUGCUAUACAGCAAGAGAAUGCUGCGCAUGCAAAUGAUGAUAUUACAACGGUAGAGUCCUUGCAAUUUGAUCUUGCUACAAUUGAAAUUGCCACCAACAAGUUUUCAGAUGAUAAUAAGCUUGGUGAAGGCGGAUUCGGCGCAGUUUACAAGGGUGUACUGCCUAAUGGACAAGAAAUAGCUGUGAAGAGGCUGUCGAGAACCUCUGGGCAAGGAAAAGAAGAAUUUAAAACUGAGAUGAUAUUAGUAGCCAAGCUUCAACACAGAAAUCUCGUAAGGCUAUUGGGAUUUUGCUUGCAUGGAGAGGAAAAGAUACUUAUCUAUGAAUUUGUGCUCAACAAAAGCCUUGACUACUUUUUAUAUGAACCUGCAAGUCAAGGACAACUAGAUUGGUCGAGUCGUUAUAAUAUUAUUGGAGGGAUCGCUCGAGGGCUUCUUUAUCUUCAUGAAGAUUCUCGACUUAGAAUUAUACAUCGUGAUCUUAAAGCCAGUAACAUUUUGUUAGAUGGAGAUAUGAAUGCAAAAAUUUCAGAUUUUGGUAUGGCAAAGAUUUUUGGAGUUGAUCAAACUCAAGGAAACACCAGUAGAGUUGUUGGCACAUAUGGUUAUAUGGCUCCAGAAUAUGCUAUGCAUGGACAGUUCUCUGUAAAGUCCGACGUGUAUAGUUUUGGUGUCCUAAUUCUUGAAAUCGUAAGUGGCAAGAAAGUCAGUUCUUUCUAUCAAUCAGAUGGUGACGAGGACCUUUUGAGCUUUGCUUGGAAACACUGGACGGAUGGAACGCCCUUGCAAGUGUUGGAUCCAAAUAUGGGAAAUUCUUACUCAAGAGAUCAAGUCAUCAGAUGUCUCCAUAUUGGUGUACUCUCUGUACAGGAUGAUCCAACUGAAAGACCCACAAUGGCAUCCAUAGUUCUCAUGCUGAACAGUCAAUCUGUUUCUUUGCCAUCAUCACUUCCUCGACAACCAGUAUAUUUCCUUCAUAGUCGAACGGGACAAAAGCCUUUAAUGGAGCAAGAGUCAGAUCAAUCUACAAGCAAAUCAAUACCAAUGUCUGUAAAUGAAGUAUCUAUUACUGAAUUAUACCCUCGAUAGUGUUGAUAAUAAGAACUAGGAUCCUUUCCAGUUCAAAAGAACAGAAGAAGAGCCGGUUACUUAAAACAUGAGGGUAAAAUGAUCCAAACAAAAACUAAAAUUAGCAUUUUGCCCUCAUAAUAGAAGUAAUCGGUUCCUCUCCAAUUCUUUUGAACUAGCUAGAGAUCAUCUAGGUUCGAGUAGUAAGGACUUUACAAGAAUUAAUAAAUGUUUAUUAAGUCAUUGUACUUGAACUGUGAGUUGGA